AUGGACCCACAGUGGCGCUUGGCUAUGGAUAAUGAAAUUAAUGCACUUCUCCAGAAUGGGACGUGGAGCCUAGUCCCACCCAAGCCCCACUUAAAUGUUGUUGGGUGCAAAUGGGUUUUUAAAUUGAAAAAGAAAGUAGAUGGCUCAAUUGAUCGCUACAAAGCAUGGCUAGUUGCCAAGGGGUUUGUUGACCAGGAAGGAAUUGACUAUGGGGAGACUUUCAGUCCUGUUGGGUUUGUGGGUUCCAAAGCUGACACUUCGCUAUUCAUUAAGCGAACUACCCACUCCAUUGUUUUUAUGCUUGUUUAUGUUAACGAUAUUAUCAUUACUGGGUCUACUAUGGCUUGUGUUCAAGAUCUAAUAUCUCAACUUCAAUCAGCUUUUGCCAUAAAGGACUUGGGCUCUCUCCAUUAUUUUUUGGGCAUCGAAGCACUUUCAACUCCUACAGGGCUUCUCUUAUCUCAACGGAAGUAUACACUUGAUCUUCUCAAGAAGACAAAGAUGGACGGUGCAAAACCGGUUCGCACUCCUAUUUGCAGCCAAGAAAAGUUGUCUAAAUUCACCGGCUCUGCCUUCAGCGAUCCAACUCUAUACAGGAGUGUUGUUGGUGCUCUUCAGUAUCUCACCCUUACGAGACCAGAUAUUACCUUCGCUGUCAAUAAGGUAUGCCAAUUUAUGCAACAGCCCACUGAUGAUCAUUGGAAUGCUGUCAAGCGUAUCCUGCAGUACCUAAAGGAAACUCUCUCUUAUGGACUGCAACUCAGCAAGUCUAGCCCUCUCACUCUUAAUGCCUUUUCUGACUCAGAUUGGGCUGGCUGCCCUGAUGACCGCCGUUCUACUAGCGGCUACUGCAUCUUCCUUGGCCCAAAUCUGAUUUCAUGGAGUGCUCGAAAACAAAAGACUGUCUCAAGGUCUAGUACUGAAGCUGAAUAUAGAGGAGUUGCCAUAGCCACUGCUGAGCUAAUUUGGAUUCAAUCCCUCCUCUCUGAACUUCGAUAUUCUCCCACUACUCCCCCUAUUCUAUGGUGUGACAAUCUUGGUGCUACGUACCUCAUGGCUAAUCCAGUCUUUCAUGCACGGACUAAGCACAUUGAGAUUGAUUAUCAUUUCGUUCGUGAGAAAGUUGCUAACAAAGGUCUUGCUGUUCGAUUCAUCUCUACACAAGAUCAGGUUGCAGAUGUCUUCACUAAGGGGUUGAGCUCUGCUCGAUUUGCAUUACUUCGGGACAAGUUGACCGUUCAACCAUCCACGCUCACCUUGCGGGGCCAUAUGGAAACAUCCAGCGCUGAUCACAGAAAUCCCUGA